UUCCAAUACCAGGCGACUGCACUAUGUUCUACACUUGCGAGACAAACGACCAUAGCAUUUUUUUUCAAAAUAUUUAUAGGUGUCCAAGAAACAUGAUCUAUAAUCAAGAAACAGAAAUAUGCAGUCUUUUUUCAAUUUGUAAAGACAGGACAUUAAGUGCACUUCUAUCACAAUGUGUGCCUAACUCAGGAAGAAACAUGAGUCAGUUACAAAAUGGAGAACAAAUGGAGGAAAUUCAGAAAUCAAGUACUAAUACAUCUUCAAUUUGUGAAACAACCCCAUCUUUUGAUGUUACGUCUCCGACCGAUUCUACUAUUGAAGAGGUACCUCCUUCAUUCGUGAAAGAUGGCAAUAAUAUUAACAGUACAAAUUCGACGCAAGAUACUUCGGAUAUAAGCACGCUAAAUACGAUAGACUCUACUACCUAUUCAAGUAUAGAUGAGUCUACAGCUUCUGAAGAAAUGAGUACAUCUACAGAAAUGGAAACUACUGAAACAACAAUAAUGAUGUCCAGUUUGGGAGAGCCAGUAAGUCAAAGUGAAGAAUAUACUACAGCUGAAGCAAGUACUAUGGAUUCAGCAAGUACUACAUAUUCAACAACAAGUAUGGAUCAACUGACCUCUUCAGAAGAAACAAGUUCUUCUCCUGCAAUAGGAGCAAGUGAACCAUCCCUGCAAACUUCUACUUCUGAUGGAUCACUAUUGAAUGAAGAAAAUAGUACAAGUGAAACAAGUACUAUAUAUUCAACAAGUGUAGAUGAAGUGACCUCUUCAGAAGAAACAAGUACAUCUACUGAAAUAGGGACAACUGAACAACCAUUGCAGACUUCUACUUUACUAGGAUCACUUUUACAUGAACAAACAAGUACAACCGAAGCAAGUACUAGAUAUUCAACAACAAGUGAAGAUCAAGUGAUCUCUUCAGAGGGAACAAGUUCUUCUCCUGAAAUAGGUGCAAGUGAACCAUCCGUGCAAACUUCUACUUCUGAUGAAUCACCACUGAAUGAUCAAGAUAGUACAACUGAAGCAAGUACUACAUACUCAACAUCAAAUGUAGAUGAUACUACACCUUCCAAUGACAUAAGUACAUCUACUGAAAUGGGGACGACUGAAGGAGGUAUAAAAUCUGCUGUUCCAAAAGAGUUAAAUGGUGCAAAUAAAACAACUACCGAAACUGGGACAACUGAUGCUACGUCAACAAUUUCGUUGCUUGAUACGUCGACAUCUGUGUCUCCCGAGCCUAGGAAUGCAAAGAUUAUUACCGAACCUCCUGGGCUAGUAGGUGGUGCAUUGCCUUCUUUAAUUAAAUCAUCGACUUCUACAGAACAAACAACUUUGAAUGAUGUAACAACACGUGAAACGACUGUUUCCACUAGUGUAAAUGAUGAACCUUCUACCCUAAGUCAUACUACAUCAACUGAAAGUAACGUUGAAGAUACUAGGCAAACUUCUACUCUACCACCACAUCAGUCGAAUGUUGAUGAAGACGCAAGUUCUACUACUCGUCCCACAAAUUUACCAGCGGCAAACGAACCGUCACGUUUAUCAGAUUCUACAUUGAACUCAAAUUCUUCUAGCAGAGAAGUAAAUUUGAAGACAUGUCAGACACUGUUACAGCAGCAAGAUCUACUGUCAAAACAAAAUGAAAAUGUUCCAGGAAGACAAAACGUAACUGAAUCGCAAGCAAUGAAUCCUAGGCAAACAAUAUCAUCACAGAUUGCAGUGCCUCUAACGUCAGCACUAUUAAAUAUCACGGACAUAUUUGAGCAACGAAUGAGAGAUAUUUUUUGCAGGAUGUCUAAACUUUGUCCAUAGAAAAU